CGCUUUCUCGAGCCUGGAGUGAGUGCACUUUGCAAGGACACCGGAGAGGGGGCACGUCCGCGCUCCCACUUCCUCCCGGCGCCGCCUCUGAUUGGCUCCUGGGCAUAUAAGGCACCAGUGAAUGAGCCGCCGGCCCUCGCAGAAACUUGCUUGAGGUCUUGGGGUGGCAUCGCCCUUUUCGUCCGCGUCCACCCGCAGACGAGCCGCCCCGGGGGAGGAUGAGGACGUCCUGCGUGGUGCUCACCGCUCUGGUGGCGCUGGCCGCCUACUACAUCUACAUCCCCCUGCCCAGCUCCCUGUCCGACCCCUGGAAGCUGAUGCUGCUGGACGCGACUUUCCGGGGCGCACAGCAAGUGGUGGUUCCAUGGGGGCAUUUUGGGGGUUUCGCAUUCGCCGCCUUGCUAGCAGCCGCGGGCUCGCUCCGUGUCUCCUUGUCUGCGUGGGCGACGGAGAAGAGUAACCUGAUACACUACCUGGGCCUGAGCCAUCACCUGCUCGCACUGAAUUUUAUCAUCGGUUCUUUUGGCAAGAAAAGCGCAUGGUCAACUGCCCAGGUGAAUGUGACCGACACUGACUUUGACGGCGUGGAAGUCAGAGUGUUUGAAGGCCCUGCAAAGCCAGGAGAGCCACUGAAACGCAGCGUUGUUUAUAUCCACGGGGGAGGCUGGGCCUUGGCAAGCGCAAAAAUCAGAUAUUAUGAUGAACUGUGUACAGCAAUGGCUGAGGAGUUGAAUGCUGUCAUUGUCUCCAUUGAAUACAGGCUCGUUCCAAAGGUUUAUUUUCCUGAGCAAAUUCACGAUGUUGUACGGGCCACGAAGUAUUUCAUGCAGCCGGAAGUCUUACAGAAGUAUUCGGUGGACCCAGGCAGAAUUGGCGUUUCUGGUGACAGUGCUGGUGGGAAUUUGGCCGCUGCCCUGGGCCAACAGUUUAGUCAAGAUGCCAACUUGAAAAACAAGCUCAAAGUGCAAGCUUUAAUUUAUCCAGUCCUCCAAGCUUUGGAUUUUAACACACCCUCCUAUCAGCAAAAUGUGAACACCCCAAUCCUGCCCCGUUAUGUCAUGGUGAAGUACUGGGUGGAUUACUUCAAAGGCAACUAUGACUUUGUCCAGGCCAUGAUAGUGAACAAUCACACUUCACUCGAUGUGGAAGAGGCUGCUCCCCUCAGGGCCCGCCUAAACUGGAUGUCCCUCUUGCCCAAAUCCAUCACCAAGAACUACCAGCCUGUUGUGCAGGCCACCGGCAACACCAGGAUUGUCCAGGAGAUCCCUCAGCUGCUGGAUGCCCGUGCUGCCCCACUCAUCGCUGACCAGGAGGUCCUGCAGCACCUCCCCAAGACCUACAUCCUGACCUGUGAGCACGAUGUGCUGAGAGACGAUGGGAUCAUGUAUGCAAAGCGCUUGGAGAGUGCAGGCGUGGAGGUGACCCUCGACCACUUCGAGGAUGGCUUCCACGGGUGCAUGAUUUUCACCAGCUGGCCCACCAACUUCUCCGUGGGCAUCCGGACUAGGAAUAGCUACAUUAAGUGGCUGGAUAAAAACCUGUGAAGGAGUAGAGUUUCUAGAAUGCUUGUGCCCUUCUUGACCACCUGCACCUGCUUUGGAAAGACGUGUACUUUUUAGUCGACUCAUUUCCCCCUCUUACCUGUGAGUUAUGGAAUCUCUGUCCCCUGCUUUAUGUUAAUUUAAUUUUCAAAGCUGCGUUUGACUAACGGAAGUGCAAGAACAUCUAAAUCUGGUUCUCCAGGUGGGCCGGUCUCUCUGUUCUUGUUUUAGCCAAACUGCUGCGAGUACCCAUCACUGCGGAGAGCAGGACUAGGAGCUGGAAAUAGCUGUGGGUCCUGCCUUCAUCAAGAAGUUCUUAGAAGAAAUAGCUCCACCUCUGGAGGAGACAGUCACCUUUAAUGAGUUCAGGAAGGAUGGGCUCUUCUUCAGUGUGCUAGAGUUUACUUUGAGGUCAGAGCACUAUUAAAUGCGUGUCCUGGAAGGUCAGCGCUGGGUACCAAGUGCCCUCUGUCCUUUGUGGAUGGAUGGUUUAUUUCCUAUGGGAAUUUCGGCACAGGUGUUCUAGCAAGGACAAGUUUCUCAAAUGACGUUCUUCCUUUAGAGUGUUAAUUUUAUGAGAUAGCUAUAAGUCCAGUUGGAUUAUGAUGAUACUUGAAUGUUACUUUCUACCACUAUUAUUAGAAAAUAUAAGGCUGCAUGCAUUAGAUGUCUAUACAUUGUUGGGUUGUUUUUUUUGUUAUGCCAUCUCCUAGGGGGAGAACUUUUGGGACCAAAUUUAUUUAAAUUUAGAAUAAAUUUUCCAUUGUAGAACAAGUAAAAACAAAUGAACCAACCUAUUGUUUUCAUAAUGAAUACUUCUGACAUAAAUUACCAAGAGUGGUGCGUAUAUAUUUGGAAUAGUCAGAAAAAAGGAUAGGUUUAAUAAUAGUUAAAAUUAGGAAAAACAUUGUGGAGGGUCUAGCUUAUUCUUGAAAACUCAACCCUUUCACUCUCAUAGCUUUAAAAUGGGGCUAUUUUGGUAUAUAUAUAUAUAAUGUAUUGUUUAUUUUUUUAAGUUAUUUAAUGUUCAUAUAUGUAGCUAGACUCAAGAUUUUUCAGAAUAAAGUUGAUAAUGAGUAUUAAAAAUAAUAUUUUUAAAAAGCUACCUGAGAAUUAUAUCCACAUGUUAAUUUAUGGAAAAAGGUAAAAUAGCUAUUCAUUCUACUAUACAUUAGGCCUAAGUAUUUUGAUGUUCACAUGCAUAUACAAAUUAAGAUAAUUAGAAACUACGACUCCACCUAGUAAAGUCAUCUAAGUUGAUAGUUGAUAGCUUAGGCAAGACACACACUGCUCAUUUCUGCUCUCAAUGGUCAAAGGAACACUAGCUCCUCUUCUUCUGGGUGAAGGGCAGACGUUGGCACCUGGUUCCUACACUCUCAUCUCCUUCCAUCAGGUCUGGAAGUUCCAAUAACCUGAGUUUAACUUGAUGUAAAGCCUUCACUGCCAGUGGGAACAUCUUGGCAUCACAGGGAACUCCAAUUCGGAUGUGAGUUGAGUACCUCUGCUCUCUUUCCUGCCACACGCAUGUCUCCCCCAAUCCCUGCCUCUUUCAGGGACUGCGGAGAGCAGACGUCUAGCCAAGUAAUGAUACAAUUUAAUCAUGUAUCAUUAGGGGGGAGGAAGUAGAACCUUUUGCUCAUUUGAAAGAUGGGUAUUUCCCACUUCUGGCAAUGAAAUAAAUGAAAAUUUGCAGUUAUUUUUUUAUUUGUUGUACAAAACAAGUAAAUGCAACAGUGUGUGUAAAAUAAUAGUCAUACCAAUUAGUGUGCUAAUGUACUCAGGCAAGUCACUCACUGCCUCUGGGCCUCUUUUCUCUUUCCUCUAAAAUCAGAGAAUUGAUUACUUGACCUAUGAGGUUUCUUCCAACUAUAAAUUCCAACCACUUUUGUAAGGCUGGCAAACUGUGUGUAUUGACCUCUUCUUCUACCAUGUUUUCUUGUAGGUCAUUUAUUCCAUAUACACAGACACAUACUUCAUCAAAGGUAUUUUUUCUUAAAAAUUAGGAUUUUAGUUCUUACUCUCUUACAGCCACCCUCUUUGUUUAAUAUUAUGUUUUGUGGGUGUUUUUUUUUUUUAUAACCUUUGAGGUUAUCUACCUCUAAUAAAGCAAAGAAAAUAUAAUAUAUGCACAGAAUUCCUUAAAAUGGUAUCUCCUCCCCCUAGGAUUAUAAGCCAAAUCCAGUAGUAAUUAUAGACAGCAGAUGACUCCAGAUUUCUAAAGGGAUCUCUCAGAUGAAAAGGGCAUGAAAGAAAAAGGGGUCAAGCACUCUUUCUGAUGAAAUACUUGAGUUUCAUUUAAGCUUUUAUAUGUGUGA